AGAUGAGUUCUCCUUGCCUCACUUCUCUUCCUUAGAACUUAGGACACAACUCAGGUUUUAGUUAUUGACUUCCUCCACCCCUCGCCUGCACCCUGAGUCCCUAAUUCCUUCUUGUUAUAUAUCUCCUAAUUCUGGACUCUUCCCAUUCCAGGGCAGCUCAGAUUGUGCAGGGAAUUGGGAACAGGUACCCCCACCAUCUGCCCCAUACCACCCAGGGAGCUGCUCCUCAGAGGAGAAAUCAGGCAGGGGGAUGAAAAUACAGUGUCCUUUUGAGGGGGCUGAGUUGAACCCCAAAGCCCCUUCCUUGACCCUGCCUGCUCCAGGGAACACCCAUCUAAACAGCAUCUGUGUGACUAGCAGAGGAAGGAAGAGCUCACCCCAGCUGGGCUCCUGAGCCAGGGCCAGGGCUCCAGUGAAACUUGCCGCGCUCCAGCUCCGAGUGGGGCCAUCCUGCAUGCCUAAUUGGCUAUUUAAGGAGCUGUUCGCCAGCAGCCCAGGCAGCACCCCCGUCCCCACAUACACCCGUUCAGAGCCACCUUAAAAGCAGGAGGCAGUUGUAAAGUCGCUGGCCAGCUAGUGGAGUGGAGACUGCAGAGGGAGAUAAAGAGAGAGGGCAAAGAGGCAGCAAGAGAUUUGUCCUGGGGAUCCAGAAACCCAUGAUACCCUACUGAACACCAAAUCCCCUGGAAGCCCACAGAGACAGAGACAGCAAGAGAAGCAGAGAUAAAUACACUCACGCCAGGAGCUCGCUCGCUCUCUCUCUCUCUCUCACUCCUCCCUCCCUCUCUCUCUGCCUGUCCUAGUCCUCUAGUCCUCAAAUUCCCAGUCCCCUGCACCCCUUCCUGGGACACUAUGUUGUUCUCCGCCCUCCUGCUGGAGGUGAUUUGGAUCCUGGCUGCAGAUGGGGGUCAACACUGGAUGUAUGAGGGCCCACAUGGUCAGGACCAUUGGCCAGCCUCUUACCCCGAGUGUGGAAACAAUGCCCAGUCACCCAUCGAUAUUCAGACAGACAGUGUGACAUUUGACCCUGAUUUGCCUGCUCUGCAGCCCCACGGAUAUGACCAGCCUGGCACCGAGCCUUUGGACCUGCACAACAAUGGCCACACAGUGCAACUCUCUCUGCCUUCUACCCUGUAUCUGGGUGGACUUCCCCGAAAAUAUGUAGCUGCCCAGCUCCACCUGCACUGGGGUCAGAAAGGAUCCCCAGGGGGGUCAGAACACCAGAUCAACAGUGAAGCCACAGUUGCAGAGCUCCACAUUGUACAUUAUGACUCUGAUUCCUAUGACAGCUUGAGUGAGGCUGCUGAGAAGCCUCAGGGCCUGGCUGUCCUGGGCAUCCUAAUUGAGGUGGGUGAGACUAAGAAUAUAGCUUAUGAACACAUUCUGAGUCACUUGCAUGAAGUCAGGCAUAAAGAUCAGAAGACCUCAGUGCCUCCCUUCAACCUAAGAGAGCUGCUCCCCCCACAGCUGGGGCAGUACUUCCGCUACAAUGGCUCGCUCACAACUCCCCCUUGCUACCAGAGUGUGCUCUGGACAGUUUUUUAUAGAAGGUCCCAGAUUUCAACGGAACAGCUGGAAAAGCUUCAGGGGACAUUGUUCUCCACAGAAGAGGAGCCCUCUAAGCUUCUGGUACAGAACUACCGAGCCCUUCAGCCUCUCAAUCAGCGCAUGGUCUUUGCUUCUUUCAUCCAAGCAGGAUCCUCGUAUACCACAGGUGAAAUGCUGAGUCUAGGUGUAGGAAUCUUGGUUGGCUGUCUCUGCCUUCUCCUGGCUGUUUAUUUCAUUGCUAGAAAGAUUCGGAAGAAGAGGCUGGAAAACCGAAAGAGUGUGGUCUUCACUUCAGCACAAGCCACGACUGAGGCAUAAAUUCCUUCUCAGAUACCAUGGAUGUGGAUGACUUCCCUUCAUGCCUAUCAGGAAGCCUCUAAAAUGGGGUGUAGGAUCUGGCCAGAAACACUGUAGGAGUAGUAAGCAGAUGUCCUCCUUCCCUUGGACAUCUCCUAGAGAGGAAUGGACCCAGGCUGUCAUUCGAGGAAGAACUGCAGAGCCUUCAGCCUCUCCAAACAUGUAGGAGGAAAUGAGGAAAUCGCUGUGUUGUUAAUGCAGAGAACAAACUCUGUUUAGUUGCAGGGGAAGUUUGGGAUAUACCCCAAAGUCCUCUACCCCCUCACUUUUAUGGCCCUUUCCCUAGAUAAUACUGCGGGAUCUCUCCUUAGGAUAAAGAGUUGCUGUUGAAGUUGUAUAUUUUUGAUCAAUAUAUUUGGAAAUUAAAGUUUCUGACUUUAA